AAAUGAUGUGGUACCAAUGUUACUUGUCUAACAGUUACGCGAAUUGAGAAAAUUUAUACACACAUCCUAUGUUACUUGCUUUUGCUGCUUGCCUUUAAUACAAAGCUACCAUAUUUCACAACUUUUAAACCCACAUGCCAUAUGCUUUCAUCAUGAUCAUAACUUGCACAAUUAAAUAAAUAAUUCUUCAAUGCCUUAAAUUUAGGACAAUUUCAACCUCACAACACAACACAGAGCAAAAACCCUGUAUUUGUGUCUAAGUGUUAGUUUUCAAAAGUAUAAUGUCUGCUGUUGUAGGAACUAUUUCUCCCUCCCAAAAUUCCGGGAUUAUUCUCUCUUCUAACAUGAAGAAGGAAGUAGAGCAAAAACCUGAUAAGAUCAUAGAGAGCUUAGGCUGCGAGUUGAAUGAAAACGCAGACAUUUGCAAGGAUUUGAUCAAAGAAAUCAGCAAAAGGACUGAUCAUACUGAAGAAAACUCUGAAGUCAAGCGCGAUGAUGAUGCCUGUUUGAAGUCUGAAAAUUGUCAGAACGACGAGCAGCUUGAGAAGGAUGAUAAGGAUGAUGAAAGCUUAAGCAAUCAGAAGCAACUUCUUGGGAACAUUAAUCUUACAGCAGUAGAAGAAGCAGGGAACAAAGCACCAGAAGUUCAGAUACUGAGCCUAUCAGUUCUUUCUCCUGGUCGAGCCGAUGUAGUGUUGCCAAUUCCAUUUCCAUCAACAACUUCUAAGGCCACACUAUUCACCCUCAAGGAAGGAAGCAAAUAUCGUAUCAAAUUUCUUUUUACCGUGACCAAAAAUGUUGUUAAAAAUCUUGCAUACACUUACAUGGUCUGGAAGUCUGGAAUUAGAGUGCAUCAAACAAAGAAAUUGGUAGGCACAUUUAGCCCAAGACAAGAGCAAUAUACCUUUGAAUUAGAAGAAGGAACAACACCUUCCGGGUUCUUUGCAAGGGGUCCUUUUCUUGUUCGAUCUAAGUUUGUGGAUGAUGAUGGCAACUGUUACUUGGAUACCACAUACUACUUUGACAUCAGAAAGGACUGGGGAGCAAGAGAGAAGUGCUAGAUUUAAUCCUAAUUUUCUUUGUAAUUUUUAUAACUUGUAUUUUGCCUUAAUGUUAAAGUAAAAAUAAUUAAAAAAAAUUAGCUUUAUUUGGUCCAUUUAAAUUCAAUCUAUUGUGUCAUUGUGUGUAAUAUCAUUUUAUGUGUAGUUGUGUACACCCAUUUGUAAUCCCUCAUAUUUGGGGAGCCAAAGUGAGGCGCCAAAAAAAAAAAAAGGGGAAAUUCAAUUUCCAUUAAUUAUUAUUUUUAACUUUCCUCUAAA